AUGGGCCGGCACCGCCAAAUGCGGCCGAGUCUCACCUCGGCCGCGAGCCUGCUUCUCGUCCUUCUCGGCGCACUGCCGCAGCCAACAUGCGCCCACCCGUACCCCAGAGACGAUAUACAUGCGGCCGGCUACGGCUACCUCAUGAACCGCGACUGCCACCAGUACUGCGGCUUCGACAACCGAUACUGCUGCAGCGCCGGCUCCCAGUGCUACACUAGCAACGGCUUCGCCGGCUGUUCGGCGGCCGGCGGCGGCGGCUUUGCGUUUUACACAACCACCUGGACCUUGACCGAAACCUUCACGAGCACCUUCAGCUCCCUCUUCCCCGCCAACACGGGCGCGGCCGGCGCCGACUGCAUACCCGAGCCCGGCACCGGUCAGAUCGCCUGCGGAAGGCUCUGCUGCGCGAGCUGGCAGUACUGCGCAUAUGAGGGACAGUGUAUGGCGAACGGCCCUGUGGCCGGUGGAGGCGGCGGAGGAGGAGGAGGAGGAGGAGGAGGGGUCACCACGACCGUGAUCACGCAGACCAACGGCCAGGUCAUCACAACGCAGUUCAGCGCGCCGUACCGGGUGACCAGCGGCGUGACAGCCACGCAGACCUCGUCGAGAACGGGCACAGGCACGCUGGCAGGCGCGACAAGCACCGGCACCGGCGCCGCGGCUGGCGGCACGGCCAAGUCGCUGUCCGGGGGCGCGAUCGCGGGCAUCGUCAUCGGCACCAUCGCCGGCGUGGGCCUGCUCCUGCUCCUGUGCGCCUGCUGCGUGAUGCGCGGCCUCUGGCACGGGCUGAUGGCGCUGCUCGGCUUCGGCCCCAAGAAGAAGAGGCGGAGCAGCCGCGAGACGGUCAUCGAGGAGGAGGAGCGCUACACUCGCCACGGGGGUUCGACACACUCGCGUCGCGACCGCCACGGUUCGUGGUUCGGCGGCGGCGGCCGGCCGAGCUCCGUGGCUAGCCGCAAGGAGAAGAAGAAGAGCAGCGGCAUGGGCCUGCUGGGCAUGGGGGCCGCCAUCGGCACCUUGCUGUUGCUGCUGGGCCUGAGGAGGGAUAAGAAGCGCAGGGCGACUAACGCGCGGAGCGAGGUCAGCAGCACGUAUUACACGGAUUCGUACACGACCAGCAAUCCAACGCAAGUAGCAGACCGACCCGAGUAUCCCGCCACAGCAGGAACUCGAGAGGGACGCGAGUAA